AAAAGAGAAGAAUUUUUAAUUCGGUACAACCAAAUUUAUUAAAAACAUAGUUUUCAGUUUUAGUUGAUGUCCGAUACUUGAUAUAUAAAAAUAUAAUUUAGUCUUUUUUUAUUUUCUUAAUAAUAAUUUCCAAUAUGUUGGUGAUUUCGUUACCAAGAAUUAAUUCAUUGUUAACUUUAAGCUGCCUAAUUGGAUUAGGUUUAUCCUUAUAUGCAUACACAGUGGAGCUUCAAAUAGAAAAAAAUAAUAAAUAUACUCCGAUGUGUGAUAUUAAUCCUCAAAUGAGUUGUAGUAAGGCUUUUAAAUCCGAAUAUGGUAAAGGAUUUGGAAUAUUUGGGAAAGAAUCAAAAUUACAUCAACCUAAUAGUCUCUUUGGUCUAAUGUUUUACAGUAUGAUAGCAACUUUAGCUCAGUCCAAUUCAAAAUUCAUAGGACUGUUAUGUCUUCUGGCUAUAGCUCUAUCUAAUUUAAUGUCUUUGUAUUUUGCUUACAUUUUAUAUUUUAUACUUUCCGAUUUGUGUGUAGUAUGUGUUGCAACUUAUAUUGUCAACGUAGUCAAUUUAAUAUUAAUUCAAUUGAAACUUAAAACAAUUAAAACUCUUCAGGAAAAUGCAUCUGCUAAAAAUAAAACAAAUUAGAUAGGAAUAUAGGUAAUUGAUUUAUUGAGGACUAUCUUGUUUGCUACUACAGGCAGUUUAAGAAACUUAUGCUAUUUUUUUCCAACAAAACCAAAACACUUUGGCUUAUUAGAUGUUUUCUUCAAUUGUAUUUGAAUUGAUUUGUUCUAAUACCAUUUUCACACCAGUAGUAAUAAAUUUUGACAGCAGAGUUGAGCUUAAAAACAAUAGCUCCAAUUACAUGUUUUUGUAUUAAAUUUACUUCAGUUGCAGCUUUUAAAAGUAAAGAGAUUUCCUUCAUUAUUAACUUUACCAUACUUAUAUUCAUUUUAUUUUGAAUUUGUUCAAAUACUGUAACUUGAUUGUUAAUAGGUUGUAGGGUUUCAAAAAUAUACCCAAUUAUAAAUUAUAUUGUGUAUAUUGAUGUGUCAUAUAUUGGUUAUAUCUUUAUUUGAUUUAAUUAUUACAUUUAAAUAACGGGUCAUUCAUAAAAAUUCUUUAUAAGUAUAUUUUUUUAUAUUCUCUGUCUUAUUUGAUAUACAUAGAUGGAUAUUUUAUGCCAAUUUGUAAAUUUUAAAUUAUUUGUUUGCACUUAAUAUUGUUUAUUUUUGUAAAAAUUUAUUUGUGAAUAAAUAGAUAUAUUUCUGUU